AACCGUCAAUGAAUGUCUGUUGUAGUCCGUAAAGUUGUGGUUUGGACAUUUAAUUCAAAGCAUAUUUGAGUCUUUCUCAUAAAGUCACUUUACUGACACCUUAUUUAUAACCUAUUUCAGAGAAAAGUAUGGCCGAAGAUGUGGUUGACAGAGACACGAAGGAUUUUCAGUUCCGUCAACUUUGCAAGUUCAGAGUAUCCAGUAGUCCCACAGCUUUGCCAAAACAACGCUUUUCACUGCUAGCAGUGUCAUCAGCGUUUGGCCUUACAUUUAUUGGCAAUGGAACAGGGUUCUCUGUGUACAGAACUCAGCACUUCUUGGACAAAGACAAGGAAUACAGCAGCGACCGUCUGAAUCACAUAGUGACUGACUGCCCAUCACUGGCCAGAGUGGACGUAGGUCAAGAGAUCAGCCAUGUAGCACUGAGCUGUGAUGACUUGACAAUCGCUAUAGCAACAUCAUCACAGUCGAGUGUGGCCAUUCAUUUGUAUGACAUCAGAAACUUUGCACAGAAGGUGACUGGCAAUGUGUCCCCGUUCCAUUUGUUCACAGAGGUGGUUCCAGGCCCUAUUAGGGACAUGGCUUGGAAUCCAGGGGAGGCGGCCACCCUUGCCGUUGUCCAUAGCAACGGGCAGAUAGAUGUGUUUACUGACACACGACGCAGGGCUUCUUUGUCAUCUGCCAAAGCUAACUGUAUGUCUUGGAGUCCAAAAGGGAGGCAGCUGGUAGUGGGACGGAAGGAUGGCGCCCUGAUGCAGUACGAUGCUGACCUUAAUGAGAAACGCAAGUGGGACAAGCCUCCUAAGCUUACCCAGGCCGGAUUAGAAGCCAUAGAUAUAGUGUGGCUCUCCACCUACUCGUUCAUGGUGGCCUUUGCCCCUACUACAAUGGAGGGAACCCAGCCUUGUGUCAUACAGAUCAACGGUUCAAAAGAGGGGCCCAUCCAGUACUCCAUAUUUGAGGAUGUCUGCUUUGGAACUGGAGAGGACAGAGAGGCUAAAUACCACUUUAUCUUCAUGUCUCCUUGGAACCUCGUAGUUGCCACGUCCAACAACUCUACAGAGGUGGGCGUGGUUGGUCAGCACCUUGAUGGGUCGUCAUGGGAACGCUGGAGCCUUGACGACAGUCACCGAGCGGAGUGCCCUCUGACUGAUGAGUACGCAGACACUUACCCUGUGGGGUUUGCGGUGGACUAUUCCUCCCAUGAACAAAUACCCUUGGGGGACGACAAGUUUCACCGUGCAGAGCCCAUUUUGUUGCUACUGACGACCGACGGGUUACUUAUCCCAUACCACAUGCUGUACCUGCACGCCAAUGCGCAGGCUGUCACCAGCCCACCUCGACCCCUCACCGCUGAGGGUCUGAGACUUCCAGCUGGUCCCCAGUCUGCCCCUAUCAAGACCCCAGCAGUUGGGAAUCAGUCAACUGUUGCCACAGGAGCUGGGAUCCAACUCAUUUUUGGUGCAGGGAACCCAACAAUGGCAGGUUCCACACCAGGCCUAUCUAUUGGUGCAGGGAGUCAGUCACUAUUUGGUCCUGCAAAACCACCAUUGUUUGGAGCUGGGAAUCAACCAGUUGCAAGCCCUGCACAGCCACCAAGUUUUGGAGUUUCGAACCAGUCAAAACCUGGAUCUGGGACUUUGCCUGGAUUUGGUGCAACCAGUCAGGCCGAAUCCGCAGCUAAUGGCUUUCCAGUCAUUGGGUCUGCUGGUCUUACUAACAGGUCUGGUGCCAGCGCAGCCUUCACAUUCAACCCAAGCAAUGCUUCCACGCCUGUUGCCCAGCCUGGACCGCCAAGUACAAACUUAUCGCUGGGUACCGGAUCAGCUGCUCUGAAAAUCCCUUCUACAACCUCGUCAGGGACUACUGGUUCUGCUUUUGGGACAGCUGGUUCUGCUUCAGCGUUUCCUUCUACACAGCCAGCUACUACAUUGUCAUUUGGGGGUUUUGCAGCCUGUUUUGAUAAUGAUGGGGGAAAGGCCAGUGGUGGCGUUAACAGUUUUAGUUUCAUGCCAUCAGCCCCUCUAGGGACUUCGGGGGGAUUUGGAGGCAACACAGCUUCUGGAGCCCAUGUCAGUUCUGGUCAGUCCGGUACCAUGGCUUCCUUGCUCAAUCCACCAGUCAGUGGUGCCAGCAGGGGGGUUUCUCAUCAAAGAGAUGCACCCCUUGAUGAGCCCAGGUCCCCCACAGAGGCCCCUCCCCCCCCCUACCCCUCAGGCAGGGCCUCCCCCCAGUCCCCCAGGUACUCCCCCACCCAGGGGCAGACAGACCUGACCCCUGGAGCAGCAGACCAGGUGGAGAUGCAGUUCUCACAGACCAUCAGGGAUGAGAUCCAGCACUUUGAGCGUGAGAUGGCAGAGUUACGGGCGCGGGCUGCAGGUGUUGAUGUGAGGGUGGGCUCCCGUGAGGAGAUGACCCAGCUACGGGCGCAGACCCAGGACAUGCAGGCCUUCUCUGACGAGAUCAGGAGGACUGUACAGGAUCAGAGCCAGGAGGUUCAGGGUGAGAGGUCGCUAUGCCUGGAUCUGUUCUCCCAGGUGGAGGAAUGCCGCCGACGACGGCAACUCAACACAGACCCCAAGUACCUGCACCUGCUGAAGACGUGUGCCCUGGACCCUGGCAGUGCCGAGAGGCUCAGGCAUCUGCAGCAGCAGUACCAGCUGCUGGAUCAGGGCCUGAGGGAUGUGGACUUGAUACUUGACACACAGUGGGAGGAAUACCAGAACAGGAAGAAAAACAAGACGGCCAUGCCGACCAAUGAUGCGCUGUACCGCGUUGUCAAGAGCAACCACAACCUGAUCACGGCCCAGAAGGUGAAGCUGCGUCAGCUGGAGGAGAGACUAAAGCAGCUGAAGCUGUACAACCAGACGUCCUCCUGGAGUAACACCAGCAUAGCCACCAAUAACGAUGUCAGUGAGUUGUCUAACUUGGCGGAUACUCUCCUGUCGGGGAGUCCAAUAAAGUCCAGCUCCAGUCACUCUUCUGUGAAGGAGGAGAGAAAAGUGAGUCGGAACAAGAUGGAGAGACUCAGAGAACACCUGAUGUCCCGCAAUGUGCCAACUGUGAGAUCUACUAAACCAGGCAACCUGUCUGUGCUGACCAUUCCUGACCACCAGCUGGUGACAGGCAGAUCCACCACAGAUGGGGCAGACGGGGCUACAUAUGGGGACACCGCCCGUAGGGGUGCUGGAGAAUUUGUGAGAAUGUUUGAGCGUGAUGUGGAUGUAAUGGCCCAGCCUAAACCCCCAAAGGACAACUCUAAAUCUCAGCCCAAAAAACAGCCUGUGACCUCUCAGUCUAACAAAGGUGGGGACCCGAAAGGCUUCUUUCAGGGCAUCUUAGACAAGGGCAAGAAGGUGAUGGAGAAGGGCCAGCAGCUUAUCAUGCCUAAGGAUCCCGCUACUACCAAACCAGGUCAGAUGAAGCCUGCCAUUCCAGCUGUAACGAUAGGUCAGGCAUUACAACCCAAACCUGAGGCUAAGAAUGGCCAGCCCCUGUCUGGAACCCUAAAGGGCCAGCCCCCUUCAGUACCACCAUUCUCAGCUCCUCAGCUGGGGCACACCAUGACAACAAUUCCAAAGAACCAGCCCCAGUUUGAGGCUCCAAAAAAGCAGCCCCCUGCUGUGGCCCCUAAGCCUGGGUCGCAGUUUGGGGUGCAACAAAUCCAGACCCUUGGUGGGGGUGCGAAAUUGCCCCCUUCAGGCUUGGCAAGCGGUGAUUCUGGCAUGCCAUUGCAAGUGACAAAGGUCAAACGUCUGAAUGAUAUCGAAUUUGAGGAUGUGACACCGAGUGGUUCCGAGAAUGACGCUGUGGAAACCUCGUCUGAGGAUGAUGAAUAUGAUGAGGAGGAGGACUCGAGUGAAGGCAAUGGAUUCGGAGCACAGUACAAAUUAACUGGAGACUCAGUUGUGACAUCGUCAACUCCCAAGUUCCCUGUGUUGGCCCCUGCAGGAGUCCAGGACAGCCCCAAGUUACCCCCGUCUGGUACCCCUGUCAGUAGAAAAUUGUUUGGCAGUGACACAACAACAGCACCCACUUCAUUCGAGUUUUCAGCAUCAAGUGGAGACAGCACUUCUAAGCCAGUUACUAAACCAGCCAGCAGCUUCCCUUCUGUCACCAUGACAACCCCAGGCUCGCAGACUGGUUUCAACUUUGGUGCUUCUGAGACAGUCUUGUUUGGAGGAAUAAAAGGCAACCAGACUGCUACUACAGGUGCUGCCAAGGCUGCAGCAGGAACAGCCUCAAAGUCUGGAGUGAUAGUUGAUCCAGCUGCAGUGUCUACAUCCUUGGCUGCAGUGACAUCAGCAGCAACUUCCCAUAAAUCUGUCUUUGGUCAGUCCAGUUCUACCGGACAGAAAACUAUUUUUGGUCAGCCCCUACCUGCUACCACGGCAGCCACCACCUUGCCUUCAAAUCAGUCUCUAAUAAAGCACUCGGUUAUUGGUCAGCCCUCUGACGCAUACGAUACUACUGGUGAGCCAGAAACUGAGUCUGACGAUCAGAAUGCAGCCGUUGCAAGCUCAGUGCCCACCUCUGGGGCCGGGGCAGGGUUGUUUGGAAAGCAGACCACGACUGCAGCAUCACUUUUUGGCCAGCCUGCUCCAGCAACCACUCCUGGGAUCUUCUCAUUUGGAAGUACAUCUACGCCUGCAGGCUCAUUUGGUUUAAUUUCCACUUCUGGUGUUACAGCAAGUUCAGCAUCAACCUUUUCAUUUGGAAACUCUUCAACACCUGCUGGUUCGUUCACUUUUGGAUCUGCAUCUGGCACUGGGGCAAGAUCAUCUCCUGCAGGUGCAAUGUUUGGCUCAGCUUCGUCCACAAGUUCAGGGGGCAUCACAGGUCUGUUUGGGAAACCAAAAGACAGCACAGCGUCCACAACCACUGCUGUCACCCAGCCUUCCUCUACAACUGCACAAUCCUCAGUUGCUAAGACCACAGCUUCCUCUGCAAACCCAGACACCUCAGCUAAGUCUUCAAUGACUUCAACCAGCACUACAGCCCAAGCCGCUGUUACCACAAGUGCAGUGGGUCUGUUUGGCAAGCCUUCCUCUGGCAGUACAGAGUCAGUAGAUCAGAGGACCUCAGCAACCAGUGCAGCCACAAGUACAGGAAUGGUCUCAGCCUCCGUUACCAGUUCUUUAGGUCCAGCUGCAAGUUCUGGGGAAAUCUUUGGUCAACCCGCUACUGUACCUGGUGGACUAUUAGGUCAACCCACAACAACAACUUCUGGUGGACUUUUUGGUCAACCCACAACAACAACAAAUUCUGGUGGACUUUUCGGUCAACCCACAACAACAACAAAUUCUGGUGGACUUUUCGGUCAACCCACAACAACAACAAAUUCUGGUGGACUUUUUGGUCAGCCUGCAACUGUAAAUUCUGGUGGACUUUUUGGUCAACCUGCUACAAUUAAUUCUGGGGGACUUUUCGGUGAACCUGCUACAACUUCUGGGGGACUUUUUGGUCAACCUGCUACAACAAAUUCUGGUGGACUUUUUGGUCAAUCCACAACAACAACAAAUUCUGGUGGACUUUUUGGUCAGCCUUCAACUGCGAAUUCUGGUGGACUUUUUGGUCAACCUGCUACAACAACUUCUGGGGGACUUUUUGGUCAAACUGUAACCUCUGGUGGAAUUUUUGGUCAGCCCGCUGCUCCAAGUUCCGGAGGACUUUUUGGUCAGACCUCAACUCCAAGCUCUGGGGGACUUUUUGGUCAGCCUGCAACUACAAGUUCCGGAGGACUUUUUGGUCAACCCACAACUACAAGCUCUGGUGGACUGUUUGGCAAACCUGCUUCUUCAAGCACAGGAGGGUUGUUUGGUCAGCAGUCCAGCAGUGGGUCGGGUUUGUUUGGAGCAUCAUCUUCAAGUGGUUCAGGAUUUGGGUUCGGGACAUCCUCAGCUGCUCCAGCAUUUGGACAAUCAGCAACCUUUGGACAAGCAAGCUCUGGGUCUGUGUUUGGCCAGUCAGGAGACAGCAGUGGAGGGGGUGGGCUGUUCAGUGGACUCGGGGGCAAACCCAGUGCAGACAAGGCGGGAACCAACGUGUUUGGUUCUACAACAUUUGGUGGUGCUACUAGUUCACCAGGCUCGGGCCUGUUUGGCAGCAGCACAGGUCCCACAACCUUUGGAAACUCACGGGGCCCCUUCUCUGGGGGUGGCACAACUGGUGGCUUUGGGGCAUUCAGCACAGGCGGGGCAGGGGUAGCAGCCACGGGAUUCGGGGCUGUCGGUGCCCAGCAACCUGCAGUUGGUGGGUUCGUUAGUGCCCCAGCGUUCGGAUCAAGUCCUGCGUUUGGUGGAACUCCCGCUUUCGGAUCUGCGCCAAAAUUUGGCAGUCCGCCAGCAUUUGGAGGCGGUGCUACUCAGACUGGAUUUGGUUCCGCGCCAGUGUUUGGCAGUGCGUCCUCUGCAGGCGGGAUAUUUGGUGGUGGCACUUCUGGUGUCGGCACGGCGGGUAGCGGAUUUGCUGGGUUUGGCCAGGUGGCAAGCCCUACAUUUGGAGCCCUAGCACAGGCCAGUGAUGUGCCCAGCUUUGGGGGCCUCAGUCAAUCACCCAGCUCGGGAUUUGGUGGUUCAGGCAACACAUUUGGUGGAAGUCCUUCAUUUAGUGGCUACAGAGGGUAAACUUUUGCAUCAGUGGAAAAGUGAGACUGACAACAAAGGGCUCCCUGCUGGAUUCACAACCUUGAGAAUGAAUUGUGGCUACAGAGUAAUAUUGAUCGAAAGACUAUUCAAAGGAUGAUAUGAAUGAUUAAAGAACAUUAUACUGUUGAUUGCUUUGUUAAAAUAUCAUUCAUGAACGAUGUGUUAACAAUGAAAAUUUUACUCUGACAAUUUUCACAAAUACUAUUUUUGCAAAAAAAAACAGCUACUUGUUUGUGACAAGAAUUGUGAAAAGUACUAUCAUUUCUUUUGCAAUGUAUUUUUUUAUGGCUGAGAAUGUACAUUAUUUGUCAACAUCCAUCCAUUCCAAAUAACGGAUACAUAUAUUCAUCACGAAAAAUUAGUACAAUUUGGUACCAACAGCUCUCCCUUAACCCUUACAAUGCAGGAACCGAAUUUUUAAGGCCUUUGCAAACAGUUUGAAUCCAGAUGAGAUGUGGCGUCUCAUCAGGAUCCAAACUGUUUGCUAUUCUGAUAGUAUUCUUUGAAAAAAAUCGAAGAAAAUGCGAAUUUUAUAAAUUCAGCAGACGACAUUUUAGCAGACGACAAAUUUCCCAGCAUGCAAAGGGUUAAAUCUUCAAACAUGCUUAUACAAUCGAUUAAACAAUAUGUCAGUUUAUUUGGCUUAUGCAUUAUGUUAACUUAAGCAUAAUAAUUUCUUUGCAUUUAAAUUUUGAGAAUUCUAAACACCUGCAUCACCUGCAUUGCUUGUUAAAGUUUCAGAGAAUUAACAGUUUGAAACUAUGUAAUGUUAUUUGAAUAAUUACAGUGUAACCUCGGUUGUUUCUGUUUUCAACUGUGUUUCCUAUUUUUAUGCUCGGAAACUCCAAACUGGAGCAUAGGGUUAUCGCUUUGUUUAUCUGUCAUAAUAAUAAUCUUUAUGGAAUUGACAUAACUGGGAUGUGAAAUGAAUUUCUCAGAUAAAUCUUUUGCUGUCCUCAAUGUCCCUUCCAGUAGUACAUUGUUUCUGCACCAUACCUCAUGAACUAAUUGUCUGAAUGUAAUAAAACUUACCAUCUUGUAA